ACCUCAGAAUAAAUUCAAUGGCGGAACCGUACAAUAAACGAAGGUUUCAGGGGGAAGGCAGCGUCGACGCACACAACGUAGAGGACUUCAAAAUUGCUGUUACACAGAGCGCUUCUGUGUAUUGUGUUUGUGUUGUCAGGUUCAUUGUUCCUGAAGAGCCCCCUCAUCUGCACAUGAGUGCCAGUAUACAAUGGAGCGCCUCUCGAUUUUGCGGUUGUGACAUCUCUUGCUAAACGUUGGUCAUGACGGCUCACCAGACAAGAUGAUGUCCACCAGACUACUGGCAGUGCUUCAAGCACAUGCAGUGAGGAGGAGUCUUCCUCAGAUCUGCUCUGCCCGUCUUUCAAGUCUCAGAAGGCAGCACGAAAACAUCACCACAGCCUUCUGUCAGCCUGGAUCCUGCUUUCACAAAAGAGGCGAUCGCAAACAGAGAAUAUGGCCUCCUUUGCUGGCAGGUCACAGCAGUGGCAGGAGGUUCUUCAGCUUCACCCCUGCUGGGAUUGUGAACGCGGCCCCGGCGUCCGUCCAGCCGUAUCUCAGGUUAAUGAGACUGGACAAACCCAUAGGAACGUGGCUGCUGUACCUGCCCUGUACGUGGAGCAUCGGGCUGGCGGCAGACCCGGGAUGUCUUCCCGAUCUUGGCAUGCUUGCGCUCUUCGGGGUGGGAGCUUUGCUUAUGAGAGGAGCAGGGUGCACUAUCAAUGACAUGUGGGAUAAAGACUUUGACAAGAAGGUGUCAAGGACAGCCACUCGGCCCAUUGCAUCGGGGGAGAUCACUCCGUUUCAGGCUCUGGUUUUCCUCGGAGGCCAGCUGAGUUUAGCACUGGGGGUUCUGCUCUGUCUCAAUUACUACAGCAUAGCUCUUGGAGCCGCCUCUUUGUCACUGGUGGUCACAUACCCUCUCAUGAAGAGAAUCACAUACUGGCCACAGUUCGUCUUAGGUCUCACUUUUAAUUGGGGUGCUCUUCUGGGUUGGUCUGCUGUGAAGGGAUCAUGUGACUGGUCUGUGUGUUUACCUCUCUAUCUGUCUGGUGUCAUGUGGACAUUGAUUUAUGACACAAUCUAUGCCCAUCAGGACAAAGAUGACGAUUUAAAAGUGGGAGUGAAGUCUACAGCUCUGAGGUUUCAGGAGAAUACCAAACUGUGGCUCAGUGGCUUCACUGGGGCCAUGCUGUCAGGGCUGGUUCUAGCAGGAGCUAAUGCUGACCAGACUUUGCCCUACUAUUGUGCGGUGUCUGCAGUGGCCAUUCAUCUAGCAAACCAGAUCUACGCUGUGGACAUCAACAGACCUGAGGACUGCUGGAAAAAAUUUGCUUCAAACAGAAACCUCGGGCUGCUUUUAUUUUUAGGAAUAGUGACUGGAAACUUAUGGAAAAAGAGAAACGAUCAUCAGUAUGAAACGCAGCUUAACUCCAUUUUAAAUUAGAGCACAUGCUGGUUGUGCGAUGUGGAAUAAUAACAUUGAUUUAGGACAAUUAUGUAAACCAGUGUUCGUUUAAAAUAUUUAUUAAAUUGCUACAAACAGGC